UUUGAUACCCCAAUGAGAUUCUUGUACGCACCACAAAAAUAGCUAACCAAUGGCAGACACCGGCUUACUUGCAACAAGUUCAGUAGAGCCAGAUCGUUUCCAUACUAGCAGAAGAUAAGUUCGUUGAAUCAUCUCUCCUCCCGCCGUCUGUUUUUUCCCCUCUGCUGGAAACCUAACUACCGAAGCUCUAAUUAACUUAGAAGAAGAAGAAGAUGGUAUCGAGAUCACAAACCUAAGAGGAGAUCGGAGAAGAAGAAGAUUUCAAACUAAAGUGAAGUGUGCUCAGGUUCUCCUCGAGGCUGGAGCUGCAGUGGAUGCUCUGGAUAUUAGCAAAAGUACUGCUCUUCAUUACGCUGUUGGUUGUGGAUAUCAAGAGUGUGUGCAAUUACUUUUGGAUAACGACGCUGAUGUGUAAGCUUAGUCUGCCUCUCAUAAGUGCCCGGUGAAUUAAUUCGGACCAGGGCAUUCAGUUGUUUCUACAUUCAGUUGUUUCUGCUUGAAAACUCGGAAGGCAAGACAGCAAUCGAUGUUGCCAAGCAGUUCAACCGUCAGGAGAUCCUGAAACUGCUUGAAAAGUAUGCUUCUGCUUAACUUCGUCUCAGGUUUUCUCGAAGUGAUGCCUAUUUCAAGCAAAAAAUGGAUGGGUGCAGAACGACAGUCCGCUGAAUUUCGGGAAGGAGUUCAAUCAUUUAUCAAGUUCACAAAAGAUACUGUAGGAGCAGAUAAAUUAUUUCUCUGUCCAUGCUCGAAAUGUAAGAUUUUUGCAGCAAGAAAACAGUAUCCUCUAGAGGAAAUACAUUUGCAUUUGAUCAAAAAUGGUUUCCUUAAGACAUACAGAACUUGGAUACAUCAUGGAGAACAGCCUCAUAAAAAUGUUGUAAAUGUUAAUCAAGCUCCUAAUUUACCUGGUAAUAGAGUUCAUUGUGAAGAUUCUGGUCGGGGAAUGGUCAACAUGUUCAGUGACCUACAUCGACGUAUUGACCUCGAUAACCUCAUGGAAGACUGUUUCAAUGAUCCUAAUCAAGAGAGCGGUGAUAAUUUUGAAGGCGAUCGGGGUGCUGAAAUAAAUUACAAGAAGAGGAUUGAAGAUUCACUACAACCCCUGUAUCCUUCUUGUGAUGGGCAGCAUAUGAAAAUUUCUACAACAAUUGAGUUGCUAAUUAUGAAAGCAAGACAUAAAUGUUCCGAUGCUUUUUUGACUGAGUUAUUGCAAUUUAUGAAGACUAUUUUACCUACUGGGAAUACAUUACCGGCAACAGCCAAUAAAGCCAAGUCUAUGAUUGAACCUUUUCGAUUAAAGUGAGAAAUUAUACAUGCUUGCCCGAAUGAUUGCAUUCUUUACCGGAAAAUUUAUGCUGACAUGGAUGAAUGUCCUAAUUGUAAAGCAAGUAGAUUGAAACCAGUUGAUAAGAAGAAACCACAUGCCAAAAGAGUGCCAAUGAAAAAAUUAAGAUAUUUCUCAGUUGAUGAAAGGUUGCAGCGCAUGUUUAGUAUACCAUGGAUAGCAGAGUUGUUGAAUUGCAGUGGUAAUAUAGAGGAAAGCAGCACACACAUGCGACAUCCUGUGGACUCUCCUUGUUGGAAGUUCAUAGAUAGCAAGUGGCCUGAGUUUUCUGCAGAGAAGAGAAAUGUGCGUUUAGGACUGGCAACCGAUGGAUUUAACCCUUUAGGAAUGAAUUAUCCCCAUAGUUGUUGGCCCGUUAUGCUUGUACCGUUGAACCUGCCCCCAUCACACUGCAUGGCUAAAGAAUUUACAAUGUUGACACUACUGAUUCCUGGUCCAACUGAACCAGGCCAUAACAUCGAUGUGUAUUUGCAGCCGUUAGUCGACGAGUUGAAAGAAUUAUGGUCUGUUGGAAAGUUGACAUAUGAUGCUCAUACAAAGAGUAACUUUACGCUGAAAGCAAUCUUAAUGUGGUGUGUGCAUGACUUUCCGGCCUAUGGACAUGUUUCUGGUUGUAGAACAUCGGGAAGAUUUGGUUGUCCUAUGUGUGGUGAAAACACAGAUGCAAUCUGGCUAAAGAAUGGACGUAAAUUCAGCUACAUGGGUCAUAGAAGAUUCUUACCAGCUGACCACCCUUUCAGAAAUGCAAAAGCAAAAUUUGAUGGAAACGAAGAACAUGGAGAUGCUCCAUGCCGUUUGACCGGAGAGCAAUUGUUGACGAAGAUGAAUGGUGUGCGAACAGAAUUUGGAAAGUUCACAAGUAGGAAGGAUAAGACAUCAAAUUCUACUGGGAAAAGGCGUUUGACGGGUGUCCAACUGUUGAAUACUAUGAAUCGUGUACGCACUGAAACUUGUCGGGCAACGGGUAAGAGGAAACAGAUGGUUGAUACAAGGAUUCCGCCAAAUAUGAAGAAGCGAUCAGUUGAUACAAGCACUCCCUGGUCAAAAAGAUCAAUCUUAUUUGAUUUUCCUUACUGGGAGGAUCUGCUGGUUCGACACAAUUUGGAUGUCACAUUGAGAAAAAUUUUGCUGAGAAUUUUUUGGAACUAUAAUAGACAAUAAGGAUAAGACUAAGGAUGGGAUUCCGGCUCGCAAGGAUCUGCAAAUCUUUAAGAUAAAGAGGAAUUUGUGGUUGAAGGAGAGAGGACCUGGAAAGUCUUCGGAAAUGCUGCCAGCACUUUAUCGUUUGUCUAUAAAAGAGAGAAAACUGGUGUGUACAUCUCUUAGUAACCUGAAGGUUCCUAUUGGUUACCGCGGGAACUGGAAAGGCAAAGUAUGUUUGCGUGACUUUCAGUUAAAAAGCAUGAAGUCACAUGACUACCACAUCCUAAUGCAGGGUUUGCUACCCGUUUUUUUGAUGUACUGUUUCAAAGGGCAUUAUCUAUUGAUUGAGGCCAUUCGACAGGUGUCAUUGUUCUUUAAGGUUCUUUCUUCUAAGGUUAUUGAUAUUGCUGAGCUUCGCAUCAUGCACCAACGUCUCGUGGAGUCUAUAUGUGUUUUUGAAAUGUAUUUCCCGCCAGCUUUUUUUGUUUCAAUGAUACAUGUCGUCGUACAUUUGGCAGAAGCGGCAGAAACAUUGGGUCCUGUUACAACUCGAUGGAUGUAUCCGUUUGAAAGGAUGAUGAGAACAUUCAAAGUUUUUGGUCGCAACAAAAACUAUAUAGAGGGUUCUAUCACAGAACAAUAUGUAUUAGAUGACGCAUUGAGACAUUGUAUGGAGUACAUUCUGAAUGGUAGGGAGAAGUGUUACAAGAAAAAGGGAAGGAUAUCUACUGACGAUGACAUUCAGGAAGGUCCAUACCCACCAAAUAUGUCUGAAGGAAAAAGAUAUCAUAUACCUAACCCACAGUACGAACAAGCACGCAGAUGGGUUUUGAUGCAUUCUCAAGAAAAUACUGAAUGGGAAAAAUUACAUGUUAGAGGAAGAAGGAAUUCAAGGAAUCUCGAUGAAUACAUGAAAUGGCUAACGCAACAAUUUCAUGGAGAAGACAUGACAGAUUUUAAGCGGCUCGUUGAUGGUCCAUAUAGAUACGCAGUAUCACAUAAUGCAUAUGCAGUAAAUGGAUAUAUCUUUUAUACAGAUGAUGCAGAAAAAGGUAUGUCCACCCAAAAUAUUGGGGUGUCCAUGAAUGCCACAACCACAUUUAGAGAAAGUGCCAGAGAUCAGAACACGGUGGACGAUGAAGUUCCGUAUUUCCGAAUUAUUAAACAAAUUCUAGAACUGGAUUACACCACCUUCAAGCAAAUUGUAUUUUAUUGUGAUUGGGUUCGUGUUGAAGAUAAGGUGUAUGGAUGGUAUGUGGAUCCGGUUACAAAACAGAUUUGUGUAAACUUCGAACAGUUUAUGGGUAACAAAAAAGACACCGAUGAGCCAUUUAUCCAUUCUUCUAAAGCUACUUCAGUUUUUUAUUUCAAGGAUGAGAGUAGGCCUGAUAGGAAGUGGCACAUUGUUUUAGAAUCUCCAAAACGACGAAGUCCUUAUGUGAAUGCUUUUGAGGAUCCUUUUGUCUUUACCGGCAUAGCUAAAGAAUCUUCCCUAACGGCGGCGAACUUGGAUGAUAACCGUAACUCGGAAGAAGAUGCAUUUGAAAACUAGGGGAGGCGGAAGUUUAAAACCAGUAAGCAUCCCAAAAAUGGCCCGUGAUAAAAUUUAUCAGUACUGGAUUUUGAAUGGAAUCUUUCAUUAUGAUAAACUUGUUACUUU